AGCUCAACUAGGUAUCAUAGAUCUAACAUCAAAUUCAGUACGGAAUAUAUUAAAAAUGUGUACAGCUAAAGAAGAAGAUGAAAACAUCACAUUAUCUUUAAAUGUCAAAGAAACAGAAAUUACCGACAGUGCCAGAAAUCUAAUUGAAGCAAUAAAAGAUGUCAAAGCUUACUCUUGUAAAAAUUUGCUUAAUGCAUUGUGCGCAAAUGGAUAUAAAGAAGACCUUGAUGUUAUCAAUAAUUAUGAUAUUGGAUUGAUAGAAAAUUUGGUUAAGCAUUUGUAAGAUUUUUUUAACACGCCGUUUCACAUUACCCUACUUGUAGUAAUACAACUUUUAGCCUUGAUCUCAUUGAAUCACCAAAAAAGAUCCUUUGAAUACAAUUAUGCUUGAAAGAUCAGCAGCAGUGCAGACAAGCAUCGUUGUCACAAAUCAACUGUUUCUGGCUGCGAAUGAUGUUGUGCAAUCAGGUUGGCUUGAGAGAGAAUACUUUGGCACCAAUAAAACAAAGUGGGAUGGAGUCCUGUUUAAAACAGGUAAUCAUAGAGUAUCCCCUGGCUUUGUUGAGUUCUCUGGUGGAGUGAAUAAUGCUGUUAUAACUUACUAGUCCGAU